UGGUUUUUGUAACCGACGGUUUCAUUCCGUUGACAGUUUUCGAAUUGGUCUUCAGUUGCGUUCGCGUCGCGUUGCGUUGAGGUUGAGGUUGAUAUUGAAUUCCAGAGAGAGAGUCGCUUCCGUGAGUUUCACUUUCGCCGAAAUUUGUAGCCAAAUCAAGAUGCGGCCCAACCUGAGGAUGCGGUUGAUCCUGCUGCUGGGCCUGUGUGUGUUCAUCUGCAGGAUACAGGGCCAGCUGAUUGGCGGCGAGGAGGACGAAGAGGACGAGGAGGAGGAGGAAGAGGAGGAGGAGAGCGUCGAGGACGAAACGCUGGAGGAUCGACUGCAGCGCAAAAACAUCAAGCAGGACUCAACCCUCAGCGUGGACAAAUUAAUCGCCAAGUACGGCUACGAGGCGGAGGUGCAUCAUGUGACCACCGAGGACGGAUACAUCCUCACCAUGCACCGCAUCCGGAAGCAGGGCGCCCCGCCAUUCCUCCUCCAGCACGGACUCGUGGACAGCUCGGCGGGAUUUGUGGUAAUGGGUCCCAACGUGAGCCUGGCCUACUUGCUGGCCGACCACAACUACGACGUUUGGCUGGGGAACGCGCGGGGUAAUCGCUACUCGAGGAACCACACCACCCUCGAUCCGGACGAGUCCAAGUUCUGGGACUUCAGCUGGCACGAGAUCGGCAUGUACGACCUGCCGGCGAUGAUUGAUCAUGUGCUGAAGGCCACCGGAUUCCCGAAGCUCCACUACGCCGGCCACUCCCAAGGCUGCACCUCCUUCUUCGUGAUGUGCUCCAUGCGGCCGGCCUACAACGCCAAGGUCGUCUCCAUGCAGGCCCUGGCCCCCGCCGUCUACGCCAAGGAGACGGAGGACCAUCCCUACAUCCGGGCCAUCAGCUUGUACUUCAAUAGCCUUGUAGGCGGCUCAAUCAGGGAGAUGUUCAACGGCGAGUUCCGCUUCUUAUGUCGAAUGACCGAGGAAACGGAACGCUUGUGCAUUGAGGCUGUCUUUGGGAUCGUGGGGCGCAACUGGAACGAGUUCAACAGGAAAAUGUUUCCCGUGAUCCUGGGUCACUAUCCGGCUGGAGUGGCUGCCAAGCAGGUGAAGCACUUCAUCCAGAUCAUCAAGAGCGGUCGGUUUGCGCCGUAUAGCUACAGUUCGAAUAAGAACAUGCAAUUGUACAGAGACCACCUGCCACCACGUUACAACCUGAGCCAGGUGACAGUGCCCACUUUCGUGUAUUACUCCACGAACGAUCUGCUGUGUCAUCCCAACGACGUGGAGUCCAUGUGCGAUGACUUGGGCAACGUGACGGGGAAGUACCUGGUGCCUCAGAAGGAGUUCAACCACAUGGAUUUCCUCUGGGCCAUCGAUGUGCGGAAAAUGCUCUACCGACGGAUGCUGCAGGUGCUGGGAAAACUGCCCGAGGACACACAUGAAGAGGCUAAUCGAUCCAGAAGGUCACUCCGAGGAAGAUCGAUAUGAAUUUAGUUAUAAAACAGAUAUCCAAAAUAUUUAUAACAAUUAAGUAUUUAUUUGACAAAUAAAAUAGUAAGUAUUAUUUGUUUGA